CACUGCCAGUCGUUCAGAACAUGGAUGACCCUCUAGAUGCCGCAUUUGUGACAGGGCUUUGCUAUCUUCUGGCCCCAGUAGGCUGGCAGCCAGUUAUAACAACCGUGCUCAUACUUCUGUUCACCAGCCGUACCACUGUGCAGCCUUUCCUGGCAGCUUCAAGUGUUCUUCCCAGACAUGUAGCGCUAGCACUUGAGAAAGCCAUCGAGACUUCAAUUGUGGAGUACAUCGCAUGGCUGCUCAGCUGUUCAGUUGUCAUGUACUCAAUUGACUCAUAUUGGGAGAAACUCCUCAUGAUCGUCCCCAUCCUCAUCUUUUCUGUGUGCCUCAUCUCGCAAUGGGCGAGUUGCUGCUGGCAUCAGUCACACAGCAAGACGAACGUGCCGGUGCGAGAUGUAUUCGUCACAGUCGGUGACCGUCAUCCAGAUUUGCUGUCUUUGGACCACCCGUUAUCUGAACUGGUCGUGAAUACCAAAGCUGAGCUUGCAAAGGCUCAUUCCCUCCUUUCCGAUUUUGCUACUGCCUCUGUGAAUAUACGCGGGCCUCUUGAUACCGCCUGGGCUGUCCAGAAAUUCUCCCGCCUCAUUGGCAAUCGACGGUCACAAAUCGUUCGGUUCAUGUCUCCUUGGCGAUUCAAUCCGAAUAGCCCAGUCUUUCCCCCUCCCCUCGGUCCGCGCUAUUCAAUGCUUCGUAGUGAAGCGGACAUCCCGGAAAUCCCAUGGCUAUCGCCCGUUCCUAGUGCAAUAUGGAUUGAUAGACGAUUGGCGAACAUGUGGGAAGAUGAAAGACGAACUGAACCCCCGGGAUAUAAUGAAUAUUUGGAGGCCGGAUUUUCCGGGAAAGUGGCAGACUUGCUACCAUUGGGUUUAAUUUUCAGGGAGCCCGGAGGCGACAGCUUUGAGGCGAGAUUUGCAAGACCUUUCACAAUAGGCGGAUGGUUGAAGUGGAAGUCCAGUCCUCCACCUGGAAUCUCUCCUGAGAUAUGUCUAGCCGAUGGGAAGGCAGGCAAUCUGGCUGCAGCCAGUUUGGGUCCAUAUGUUUCGCGAAUCUCCAGCCGCAGAGCAUCGCUUGGCGUAUGGGAGGCGUUCCGUCCGAAUUCCAAAACGACAUAUGGAACGCGGAUUGAUGUCAUUAUGAAGCAGCCUGUGCGAGAAAUAGGCGGUACGAAAAACUCCUCGCGGGAUGAAAAUCUCUUGUCGUGGGUGAUCAUGCAGUCGAGCGCCAUAGAUCGAUAUGCCCCUAUUUUUGUUCAUCCAGAAACUGGGCAAUUACAAGGAAACAAGGAUCCGUCGAAGGAGCCGAAGACGGGUGGUCUUAUCAUAGCUAUCACACGUAGCCAAAGUGGUGAUGCAGCCAAGGACUGCACAUGGAUAGCGAUGGGUGUGAAAUGGGGUUGCGGUAAUGCCGCGUUGAUCAUGUUUGAUGAGGUGCAUAACCGAACAGAAAAGGGCGAUUAUAUGUGGAGAGAGACUUGGAAGUGCUGGGAGUGA